UUUCACCACUAACUUGAAUACUCACGUCUGCAACCACACUUCGUAUGUAGAAGAAGAGCCGUGACAUUCACCGUUCACAUGCCUCUGCAAUCUUGCUAACUUAUCAAGAUGAAUAUUAUACUCACAUCUUUUUCGCGUUUGCGCGGAGUAACCAAUUUAAGCAGCGUGCCCGCAGUAAAUGGGAAGUCUCACCUCCGAUUCUUCAGCAACUGGCUUAUCCCCAGAGCUGCUGCAGAUCAGCAGAUGUCUGCAAGCGGACCACUUUCUUCCCAAGCUGAGGGCGCUGGAAUCUUUCGGCAGCUUCCGUGGCAAUGCCAGCAGGUGCGGACAAAGAAAAGAGGAACCGAGUAUCAGCCCAAAAAUCUGAAACGCAAGAGGACCCACGGGUGGAUCAAGAGGCUCAGCACACGAGGUGGAAUUGAAGUGAUCCUGCGGCGAAUAUUGAAGGGACGCAAAUCGCUCUCGCACUGAACUUCUGUGUUGGAGAGCAGGACUUCGGAGACUUUCUUGUUCUGAAAUUCUGGAGGUGUUAGCAAGCCCUUAAGAACUUGUGUAUUGUGUGGCUUGGUCAUUCCAUCAGUGAUUGGUGGGGGCAUUGAAACAUGCCUUCAGAAAACGAGUGGCAGUUGCCUUGAGAAACACUGUAAAUUGUUUCUUUCACCAAGAAUGAAUGAUUUAUUAAAUUACUCUCAAUCA